CCCCCCUCUUGUUUUUUUAUUUUUUUUUUAUUUUUUUGUUUUUUUUGUCGUCGCCGCCGCCACCCCGAGACACUGUGCCUGGCCGUGUGCAGGAUCGCCUUUGCGAACAAUCUUGCAUGGCUAUGGCUCGCUUGGGCUGGAGCCCAUGUCGCCAACACCGAUCGGGCCGGGCGAGGGUCGUUCGAUUUUCCCACUCGCUCGACCCGCCAAUCCUGUUACACACGGUUUUCUUGAAAUACAUCGCCCGCUGCCGUCGCGUCCUUAUCGCCAACUCUCGGUCGCCUUUUCAUCGCAUCGCGUCCCGCUGCCCGUUCCGCUGUGCAUGGCUUGAAUUUCUGUCAUGGCGCCUGCUAACUACCUCCUCCGCAGCAAAGCCGGGGACGACGAUCAUGAUCACAUCGGCUCCAACAGCUCCACGCCCCCCGGCGGCGCAACACCACGCCCGGACCCCACCGACAAGCGACAGCCAGGCAUCCUCAGCUAUUUUGGCCAGGUUCGUUCCUCUAUCCCCUCGGUGUUCCGUCCCCGUCCGUCGCUGUCCGAAGCCCCUGCACCACCCUCAGACACUCAAGCACACCCGGAGAGGCAUGCACAGGAUGAGCCGGCGUCGGAGCCAAGGGUCGGAGCCGAUGCAUUGCCCACUGCACCAGCCUCGCCCUGCGGCCAGCUGAGUGAGGACGAGGAUGACUGCCCCCCGCUCCUCCCUCACGAGCGCUUCGACGCUCCCGCUUCGGCCCCGACGUCUCAUGGCGACAGCUCCUUCUACCCCACCCCUCCAACCUCCUCAGCCUCGUCCGUUCACAAGGUUGGCAAAGAUGAUGGCAUUGCACUCAGCAGCGGCCCGAGCACGCCUCCACGCCCGCGCUCAGCGGGCGAUGGUUCUCCCUCACAACGCAAGCACACGUUCGCGAUGUCCAGUCCUCUGUCAAGCAUCAUGACGACAUCCAACACCCCUGCUGCACACCUGUCGAAUCCCUCAAAUCCGCAACCCGUCACAGCCAGCCAGCCGACCACCGCCACCAGCACCCUCGUCACCUCCCCUUCUGCUUCGCGGCCUGCUUCAACAUCAGCACCGAAUGUCCAAGGAAGUUCGCUAACUGAAGACGUGGAGCCUGAUCAGAAUACACCCCCGCAAACCCCCAGGACCCAGUCGCAAGAAGGAAAGCCGAAUGCUGCUCCCGCUGCCGCCCCUUCCCAGUCCACUCGGAGCAGCAGCUCGAACGGAGGCACCAGCACUGCUGCGCCAACGCCCAAGGGCAAGCUCUCCAUCACCAUCACCGAGGGCCGUGGCCUGCGACCGAGUUACGAUCCGUAUGUCGUUUGCCAGUUCCAGUGGGCCGAGGACAUUUCUGAGGGCCCGAAGAAGACUGAGGAGCCGCCUCGGGGAGCGAUGGCCAUGAUGCGCACCGAUAGCGAUUCCGGAAGGCCGAUGGCCAUUCCUAUGAAGAGCAGACAGGGCAGCAACCACGGGUUCGACAGCAGGGACAGAUCAGAGGUCACCAACCCUAAGUGGGAUCACGAGGCUGUCUUUGAUGUUGUCGGUGACCACGCCGAAGUUGACGUCUCCGUUUAUGAUAAGUCGAACCAGGAAGCUUUCUUGGGCCACGUCCGGUUCUGUCCCUCACUGGUGGAGUACGAAAAACCUUUCGAUGCCUGGUUCCAUUUGCAGCCGCGGGAAGGCGAACAGGACCAUGUCACCGGUGAAGUUCGUCUUCGCCUCAGCUUCCAGAAGACAGACAAGAGGCACUACGGACCCGAGGACUUCCAGAUUCUGAAGCUCAUCGGCAAGGGCACGUUCGGUCAGGUCUUCCAGGUCCGCAAGAAGGACACGGGACGCAUCUACGCCAUGAAGGUGUUAUCGAAGAAGGUCAUCGUUCAGAAAAAGGAGGUCGCACACACUCUCGGCGAGCGGAACAUCCUGGUUCGGACGGCAAUGGCGGACUCGGCAUUCAUUGUCGGACUGAAGUUUUCUUUCCAGACCCCGACGGAUCUUUACCUUGUUACGGAUUACAUGUCUGGUGGUGAAUUGUUCUGGCACCUGCAAAAGGAGGGUCGCUUCAACGAAGCGCGUGCGAAGUUCUACAUUGCCGAGCUCAUCCUGGCUCUGCAGCAUCUCCAUGAGCACAACAUCGUGUACAGAGAUCUUAAGCCGGAGAACAUCUUGUUGGACGCUAACGGUCACAUUGCGCUCUGCGACUUCGGUCUGUCCAAGGCCAACCUCACCGAGAAUGCCACCACCAACACUUUCUGUGGUACGACUGAAUACCUUGCGCCCGAGGUUCUCCUGGACGAGCAUGGCUACACCAAGAUGGUUGACUUCUGGUCCCUUGGUGUUUUGGUCUUCGAAAUGUGCUGCGGCUGGAGUCCGUUCUACGCCGAGGACACGCAGCAGAUGUACAAGAACAUUGCGUUCGGAAAGGUCCGCUUCCCGCGUGAUGCUCUUAGCACCGAGGGCAGGAACUUUGUCAAGGGUCUGCUCAACCGCAACCCGAAGCACAGGCUGGGCGCGACCCACGAUGCGGAAGAACUCAAGGCCCAUCCUUUCUUCGCCGACAUCGACUGGGACGCUUUGUCCAAGAAGAACCUCGUUCCUCCCUUCAAGCCCAAGUUGAAGUCUGAGUUGGAUACUUCCAACUUCGACCCCGAAUUCACCAAUGCUCUGAACCAAGCCACCUCGCUCAACGCUCGUGCGGCCGCGCUUGCCGCUGGAUUGAACCCGGCGUCGACGCCGCUGUCUCCUACCAUGCAAGCCAACUUUAAGGGUUUCACGUUUGUUGACGACAGCCACAUGGACGAGCAUUUCGCCGAUCGCAUGGAUGAAGAUAUCCAGGACCCUGAUUGGGAGAAGCUGGCCGCUGAGCACAACAAGCAGCAAGACCAGCGUAUGAGCGGUGUUGUUCCGAGCCACAACGAGCACGACGAUAACAUUUUCAACAACCACAACGACGGCUUCGAGGUUUGAUGCCUGUCGUAUCUCCAAGGACCGCUGGUCGUGUCGAAGUCAAGCCAUGGACUGGAGGCUGAAGUAAUUUCCCGCACGUGCUCCUAUUUCACACAUUACGAGCGUUUACGCUUUGCAAACGGAUGGGUCUCGUUUGCGUUUAUCAAUUAGUUCGGUCUCUUUCAAUUAUGGGUCAAAAAGUUUGUCGAGAAGGAAUUCCGGUAUUCGAUGAUUCGAUGAUUCGACACUGCAACGGAAGCCAGACUACGGCUUGACGGGCAGCAUCUGGCUUUCUGGCAAUUCCCGGGCAC